GCUUUCAUGGAAGGUCGAAAUCGUGUGGUCGCGUUGGGCCUCUCACUUAUUCCGGCCUUGCGCGUGCGGGUCUUUAUUUGCUAUGUAUGGCAUGGCGCGUGACUGUUGAUGUUAUGCUAAAAUUUUGAGGAGAUUUGUGAGAUUGUUGCUCUAGACCGCUGAGUUUGUGACAAGAACCAAGAUGAGCUUUGCUGUCGUUACCAAGCUCCCUAAGUGUUUCCAGUUUGUGGCACCUAGCUUGCAGAGGUCAAUCCAGACUUCAGCAGCAUGCUGCAAAGUCAGCUCAGGCCGAUAUAAAGUUACAAGAAAUCGUGACAAACCACUCACCUACGAGCAAGCCAAUCCACCACACUUCAUCUUUGUCAGGAAGGGAUUCAACUCCUACAAUACUUCAAAUCUUCUUGAUGGUGUGAGGCCAUCAGAGACAGCCAUGGAAGAUGUCUUUAUCAGGAAGUUUAUGACUGGAACAUGGCACAACAUGUUCUUAUCUGAGGUCAUCAUCAAGCGACAGCUGAACAUGAUCCGAAUCAGCGGUAUCAUUGCACGUAACAUGCUCCCGCGCAAGAUCUACUUCCUGAUUGGCUACACGGAAGAGAUGCUGACCAAUUGGCUGCAAUGCCCGGUGAAACUGGAGCUGCAGACAACGGAAGAUCGAAAGGAUGUCAUAUUCAAGUACAUCUGAGCUGCAAGCGUGUUGUAUGUGUGCUGAUUGCGUCCAUCCCUGCCAGGUGCCGGUCGGACUAGUUGUGUUUUGAAUCGCCUGUCGCGGCGUUCGUGCUGACUGCCUCCGACGGUUUGUAGUGGAUGGUGUGCUGGGCAUCGUAAGCCGAGCAUAUGCCUUUCGAUGCGCUUUUGAGUUUGGACCAUCGAUGAGUCUUGCUUUGAAGUGGUUCGACGUGCUUCGAUGUAAUGACGAUGGGAGCUCGUAAAUACACUUAACGUGGUGUUGAACA